AGUAGAAACCCACAAUAUAGGUAGAUAAGUACGAUAAUCACUGCCCAUAUAUACAGGCCUUCUUGGGAGCCACCUGUGCACAAAGGUGUAGAGAGGAGAGAGAGUUUUCUGGACUGAAGUGAUCAGUGGAGUUGAAUAUCAUUCGAAGAUGUUACCAAGUGAGCUGUCUUCUGUCUCUUCGGUUUGCAGCGAUGCUGCCGGUAUUGCUGGAAUUGCUUGUCUGCUUGAUAUGGAUCAGUUUUUGUUGAAUCUGGAGUUACACAAAGAGCCAAGAGCAGAAAUUUUCAUUUUAGGAAACCUCUUUGCUAUUGGGCUGUUUGUGUCACCCAUACCCACAUUUAAGAGAAUCGUCAGAAACAAGUCGACAGAACAAUUCUCAGGAUUGCCUUAUAUAUAUGCUCUCUUGAACUGCUUGAUAUGCCUUUGGUAUGGAAUGCCCAUAGUGUCACCUAAUAUUAUACUAGUAGCUACAGUCAAUUCAAUUGGAGCUUUUUUCCAGUUAAUCUAUCUGAGCAUCUAUAUUGCAUUUGCUGGGAAAGCUAUAAAGCUGAAGAUGUUAGGUUUGUUAAUAGCAGUUUUUGCCAUUUUUGGGACCACGGUAUAUGUAAGCAUGAGAUUUUUUGACUCUCAUGAGAGACAAACUUUUGUUGGUUAUUUGAGUGUUGCUUCACUCAUUACCAUGUUUGGUUCACCUUUGUUUAUCAUUAAUUUGGUGAUUAAGACAAGAAGCAUUGAAUUCAUGCCGUUUUGUCUUUCCCUUUCAACCUUCUUGAUGAGUCUGUCUUUCUUUGCAUAUGGAGUGCUCAAGUAUGAUCCUUUCAUUUAUGUCCCAAAUGGAAUUGGAACAAUUCUGGGGCUUGUUCAGUUGGCCUUGUACUCCUAUUAUAGCGGUGCAUUUGGAGAAGACUCAAGGGAACCUCUAGUAAAUGCACAUGCUUGAAUGAAUCCAUUGGGGUCAAGCUUCAUGCCAAAUUUUUUUCUUCUGUCUGUCUUUAUGGAGAAGUCUACAACGAGAUUUUGUAACAUAUGACAGAAAUUGGUAAGAUAAAUGAUGCAAUGGUGAGGUUAAAAAGAUAACUGAUGACAUGUAAAAGACAUGGCCCACUAGAAAAUGUUCAGUUCUGCUAUUGAAAGCGAAAAAUACUAUUUAUCGUCCUUUUUACCA